CACCUGUGUUGUGUUGCUCUGUCUCGUUUUGACUCUUUGUGCAGUUUUCUGGUGGCAAAAGAAGGGACUGGCCAUCAUCUUCUGCAUUCUACAGUUCUUAGCAAUGACAUGGUACAGCAUCUCUUACAUUCCAUUUGCCAGGUUGACUGUGAUUGGAUCACGAUGAAGUCAAAGUGUAAAGACAUCCACCAAUCAAGCAACCUUCCCUGCAUCUUGGAAACUUACCUGCCAUCUAGUGGUGGCAAAACGGCAGAGAAUGAAGACAGGCCUCAGCGUUGGAGGAAGAAGCUGACCCAGAGCAGAGAGACUGGGCCAGGGGGUCAGAAUCACCCUGGGAGUGCUGCUAGUGACCCAGACAGCGUCAGUCGCCAGGCUCUGCUAGAUCAGCGCCAUCUAGAGGCGUACAGAAACAUGCACCGUCUCAGAGACAUCCUGUACCAUCGAUACUCUGCCAUGCUCAGAGAUAAGAUACACACACAGAGACAGGAGAUACAACGACGUGCUGCGGCAGCUGGAGCAGUCACCGAGGAUAAACACAAACCGAAACUGAGGAAGCUGACCUGUUCUACUCUCUCCCAUGACAACACAUACCUGAGGUCUCUUCCUCAAACCAGCUACUACCUGAUCUUGGGCCUUCAGAACCAGUUGUCUCGGCAUGGUUGUCUGAAGACCCUCCAGGACCAAGAGGACUUCUGUUUUAUGGUUAACCACCACCACCACCACAACCGUGGUCCAGUCCAGCUGCAGAGAACACUACAGGAGAUCAGGAAGAGGAUGAUUGGCAGCCGCUCCGCACCUGAUGUGAUGUCAGCGGGAUGGGGUUGGAGCCAGCAGGAGAUGUCAGGACAGACCCCUAGAAUUCACGUCACCACAGAGACAAGACACCUGGACCGGAUUGUCGUUUCAGAGACAGGGAGAGGGCUUAUGCCGGGAGAGAGACAUCCAGAAAGAGGGGCUGGAGAGAGACUUCCAGAAAGAGGGGCUGGGGAGAGACUUCCAGAAAGAGGGUCUGGGGAGAGACUUCCAGAAAGAGGGGCUGGGGAGAGACUUCCAGAAAGAGGGGCUGGGAAGAGACUUCCAGAACAAGGGGCUGGGGAGAGACUUCCAGAAAGAGGGGCUGGGGAGAGACUUCCAGAAAGAGGGGCUGGGGAGAACUCUGCAGCCUUCCUCCUCUCACAGCAGGAACAGGACUACACUGAGCAAAUGUUUCCCAAGGUGAAGGUUCCCAAGUUUGCAACCCUUCAGCCUAGUUUUCUGAAGAACUUGAAGACGGUGAUGCCAACUGUGGGAGUUGAGGAGAUACCUGAGAAGAGUAAGAGAGCAGAGAUGACUGUGAGGAUGUUGAGACACAUGCACAGCCAGUCCCUUACCAACAUGGCUGUCUCUCAGAGACUGCUACUAGACAGAGACAGACACUCACUGUGCUGCUGCUGGGAACAGAAGAGGAGUUUCCAAGAUCUGACGCAGUAUGUAUUUCAGAGUGUUCACUCUGACGAAGAGAAGAAGAAGAGAUGUGCUGGGAACCUCCUUCCUCUCCUUCCUCUCCCUCCUCUCCCUCCUCCUCCGUCCUACCAGGAAUGGACCAGGAUCGACCCAGAUGAUUCAGAGGUCCCUAGCCUGGCCCUGGAAGGGCUUGGGCUGAGGACCAUACCCUCUGCUGGAAACACAGAAAUAUGUAGCAAGACUCCUGAGCCUUUAUCCAUAGAAGAUGUGUGUCAACGCAACCCUUCAGGGGUGAUAAAUUGUGGAUAUAAGCUUUGGAGGAAUUAUGACGAGGAGACAGCCUAUUGAGUAUCUUCGUUUGAUGUGAAGGCCACAAGGCUACACCAAUCACCAAUCACCAAUACCAUGAAUAAGAUAAAAAGAUGAGAUUAUGUAUUAUUUUGACACCAGUUCACUUAGAGACCAGUUCACUUAGAGACCAGUUCACUUAGAGACCAGUUCACAGAGACCAGUUCACAGAGACCAGUUCACAGAGACCAGUUCACUUAGAGACCAGUUCACUUAGAGACCAGUUCACUGAGAGACCAGUUCACUGAGAGACCAGUUCACUGAGAGACCAGUUCACUGAGAGACCAGUUCACUUAGAGACCAGUUCACUGAGAGACCAGUUCACUUAGAGACCAGUUCACUUAGAGACCAGUUCACUUAGAGACCAGUUCACUGAGAGACCAGUUCACUGAGAGACCAGUUCACUUAGAGACCAGUUCACUUAGAGACCAGUUCACUUAGAGACCAGUUCACUUAGAGACCAGUUCACUGAGAGACCAGUUCACUGAGAGACCAGUUCACUCUGGAUUCCUAUUGUGUUUGUCUUCGACUAUAUCAACAACAACAAAACGAUAUAGAUGGUAAAAUUACAAAUGUUUUUACAAAUAAAAUGUAUUAUUAGCAGUAUGUGUUUUACUUAUAGAAUGUAUCAUCGACAUUAGGAGUAAAGAACUAACGGCAAAUAACGAAUAGAAAAGCAAUUCUUUAACUACCAAUAAUUUUUAAAGAGAAAUAUAACCCAUGUGUAUUUAGAACGACACUUUCUACUCACUCGAUUGAUUCUGACUGAAUGAUUUGAGCUUAUAAUAAAACUUGCUAAGAAGUUGUUAUUUUAA